AGUAUCGGAGUCGUCGGGCUGCGCUACGCGGCCAGUCGCGAGUUUGCGAGCCGCGCGACGCCUCGGCUCUUCCUAGAAGCUAGGAAGCGAGAAUCACGGGUUUCGCCGGUGUCUGCAGCAAACUAAUACUGACAGAGUGCGAUCGUCGUCGUCGUUGUUGUUGUUGUUGUUUUUGUGCCUCUUCGUUUCCGCACCUGUCGAGCAGAGGGAGAGCGGACUGUUUGGGCCACUCGGAAAGUACUCUAACCUAUAGCGGAGCAGAGCCUGCUGUGAGACAGCGGAUGAUCGAGCUCUGCGAGGCGAAGGAGAAGAAGACGACGGAGGAAGAAGAGCAGCUGGUCUGACUGGUCUCGAGCGAGAGUAAGAUGUCCUACACGAACCGCUUUCCGCCGACGAAGAACACGCGCUACCGUAGCAGUUGGGGCCCAUCCUCGGUCUCGGUCUUCCAGCGAGCCGAUGUGCCUAGGCCGUCGCCCGAGGAGGAGGAGUACGCCGAGUUCUAUCACGAAAGACUGCACUCGGCGCAGAGCCGACAGCUCAUACCGCUGCAGGAGGAUCUAGCCGACUGGAUCAACAAGACGAUAAACGUCGACCACAUAUCGGGCGAGAACUUCUUCGACGUACUCGACAAUGGCGCGGUGCUGUGCCGUUUGGCGCGAGUCAUUCAGGAUAAGGCUCGAUCGGCCGUUGAAGCUGGCAGAGCGAAAGGGCCGGCGCCUGCCAUAAGGGGUCGCUGCUGGGAAAACGCCGCGCGCCGCAGCUUUUUCUCCAGGGACAACAUGGAAAACUUCAUACAGUUCUGCCGGCGACUGGGCGUUCACGAGAAUCUGCUCUUCGAAAGCGACGACUUGGUUCUACAAGGCCAGCCUCGCAACGUGGUGCUCUGCCUGCUGGAGGUGGCUCGUCUAGCAGCCCGCUAUUCCCUCGAGCCGCCAGGCCUGGUGCAGCUCGAGCGGGAAAUCGCGGCGGAACAAGAGCGCGACCUUCACUGUCUCUCGGACAGCGGCAUCUCUCACAGCAGCCUCGUCUCCUGGCAGUUCCAGUCGCCGUCGCCCACCGCCUCGCCCAUGCCACCCGCCGACAAGAUCAAGCACAGCAGCUCGGCAGUGGAGAUGUCGACGGCAUCGCGCUGGCUGGACACAUCCGCGACGACGCCGAGUCACGAGCCCGAGAUGCGGCGUUCGGUGAGCGACAACGGCCCGACCGGCAGCGACGGCGUCCCCAGCGACACGACGGAGGACGACUGGUCUCGCGGAAGCGCCGACGAUCCCGACGAGGUGCUCUCGCCGUCGAGCUCGCCGUCGCCCUCGUCCACCGAGCUGCCCGAGCACUCUGGACCGCUCACCGAGCUGGAUCGAAAGGUGAGGAGAGCUACCGAGGCCGUACAGAGACUUUGCCAGUGCCCGUCCAGCAAGUGCAGCAAGCUCAAAGUACGCAAAGUCGGAGAGGGCCGCUAUCACAUCGCCGGGCGGAACGUUUUCAUAAGGCUGCUCAAGGGCCGACACAUGAUGGUGCGAGUGGGCGGCGGCUGGGACACCCUGGAGCACUUCCUAACGAGACACGACCCCUGCCAGGUGAGGGUCCUCAGUCGCGAGAGUACACCGCCUCCGCACAACGCUAAGCACAGCAACAAUUUCCUCCACAUACGCGCCAAGUACCGCAGUCCGCCUACCCCCGAGUCCCUUUCCGCUCGCUAGUUCCGCCGCUUGAUACACUCGCAAGGCCAUCGCUGACAUUCAUAUACAUACGUUCACGAGGGAAGCCGCGCACGCGAGUGUGCGGUUCGUAUAUCAUACACACAUUGCCCGCGGAUACCUAGUGCCUGCAGCCCCGAAAGAUAUUCCUCACUGCCGACUUUCCAUUAGCGCUGCAUUCGUCAUUCCGUUGGUUGGGCUCGCCUUAGACUUUUUUUGUCCGCUUCGAGGGACCGCUGUGGUUGGUUUGUCGAAAAAAAAGGAUUCGCGAUGGUGUAUACUGCGCCCGUAUGCAUGUGUACGUAAACGUUUUUGUAGGAAGCUAUUUUGACGAAAAUCGACAGACGAAACAAAACGGUUCCCGGAGUAAUGAAUACCCAACCAACUCAUAUGGACACCUCACUCGCCGACACAGUACAAUCAAGCGAUCGCUUUACUAAAAAACGAAUUCUGUUGUGUCUCGCACGUAAGUCAAGCGUAUAUUGUAGCCAUGUCGAACGAGGUACCGCACUCGGCGAAAUUUCUUUUAUUUUUCACUCUGCGAUGGUUGCAUAUAUAUAUAUAUAUAUAUAACAGGAACGACGCUUUCUGCCGGCAAUGGAAAACUUAUAUCUUUGUCUCGCGCCGAAGAGAUCGGAAGAGCGAAUGCAGAAGUCUCUUUAUACACGCAUGUAUAUGGUUGUAUAUCACAAGUUUUCGAAAGUCGAUCAAUAACUAAUCAAACGGUGCUUUUUCUUUUUUCAAGAAACUCUUUAAGGUGGAAAAGGAUAUACUCUUGGAUCAAGGAUUGUCUUGUGGCUAGAGGAAUGUGGGUGGCGUUUGUGUGUCUUUUGUGUUUGGAGAGAUCGAGAAGCCGAAUUAUGUAGCGCGCACGUAUAUAUUUAUGCAAUCGUUCACAACCACACGCUAAGGCACUCUAUUUUACUAUGGAAAAUAGUAUGAUAAUCAACGUUAACAGCCUGGCCAUUUGGACUUGAGUAACUUUUUAUUUUCAAUCAAAUCAACAUUUUUUUUUCAUUUUUUUUUCCUUUUAAUUAUUUCUGUCCGAAUCAUCAGGCGACAGCACCAGCACCAGGUGUAAAUAGAUUCUAAGAUCGCAAUGGCCAAAUUAGCCCUUAAAAGUUAGCUAUCUCGCUGAAAUUGUAUAUCAUCAUAAUUACUACAUGUAAAGGCACCAAACUUGAUUUUCAUUCGUUAUAAGAAACGUUUGAAAUAAAGUGCAAUUAUAAUCUCAGGAAAGAUUAUGCAGGCGAUCAUUGCAGAAAUGAGCCACCUAUAGAUUCAAAUAAAUUUCUGCAAAAAAUAUACAUUCUUCUAAUAUCGAUUUAAUGACAUUUAAAGCGUAGUCUAUAUCAAGAAAUUAUUAUCAAUCACCGACAUGACCAUCAUGAUGUAGAUGAGCACUGUAGAUUAUGCUAAGAGAUUACCUUUUGAAUGAAUAUAUACUGCGAAUGGUCAUUGCUCCACCAAUCUUGUAAAGAUAAUUUUCUCAAUGCACUGCCUACGCACUAUUAGCGGUAAAUGAUACAAUCACACCACACAUAGUUAAAGACAGAUACGAAUCAGACUCGGUUGAAACCUGAAUAAUGCAUUAACUAAAUUUUCACAUCGAUGAGAGAUUAGUAACGUCUUUACAUCUCGUAUGUAACAUACGUCAUUUCAAAGACGAAGUUUAAAGUACUGCUUUGAUAGAGCGCUUCUCACGUUGAUUUUGACAAUCAACGUUGAACAAGUGUUCAACUUUAAUUAACCGACUCUGCAUUCGAAAAUUGUGCGAAAAACUGCAAUUUUUAUAUAUUAUAUACAUUUACAUUUCGACUAAAAUAAUAACGUUUCUUAAGAUUGUAUUUAUCAUGAUAACAAAAAAUAUAAAUAUAUCUUUUCUACUUUUAUAUAUUAAACUGUAGAGUAAGAGAAAAGCGUUAACUAUGUGAAAAGUGCGCCACGAUAGGACGUCACUCGAGACGAUCAGCAGAUGGUAAUACUAUUGCAAUUUGAAGAAAGCUGACAUGUGUUUGAUUUUUUCCAGAAAUGCAAGGGCACGACGUGCAAAGGAAUACCAAAGCAGAGAAUUGUCCGACAAGUCUUGUCGGCGCGUUGAGGCUAUAAUAUUGUUUACAAGGGGUAUGCGACAUUUGCGUUUGAGAGAAAGGAAAAACAGAAAAUACAACAUCCUACGCUCGUUCUGCACUUUCUUGUAUACAUACGAAAAGAAGAAAGAUUUACGCGAUGCGUUUGUGUGAUUUGUAAUUCCAUACAGAGUAUUACAAUGUGAAUCAUUUACAGAGAUGCGACGAAUUCUCAACUGUUAUAUUUAUUACAAAUUAUUUGUUUAAACAUCGCCUGAUUCUUUGCAAAGAAGAAUAAAAUUAAACGGCUAAUUGUUUUGUAAAACACACAAAUUUUUCAUGUAUGUAUUUGGUGAAUCUGCACUUUCUCAUACAUACGAGACUAGAUAAAUAUUUCAAUUCUUGCAAAGAAUUCCAAUGAUACAGAACGAUCUGUAUCAAAAAUUGGUUUAACGUUGAUCUCAUCGGUAUUUUGUGUAUCCAGAAGCAAAAAUAACGUCGCAGUUUAUUUUUUUUGUAUGAGAGAUUUAAUGUCAGUGCAACUUGAGAAUGUGAAAGCUAUUUGAAAUCAUGUAAGUUGAUUCGAGAGUACAGAUAGCUUGAACAUUUUUAUUUUGGGCCGAAAUCGAACGCUGUGUAACUGCGUGAUAUUGUUAACUAACUUUACUUCUAUGCAGAGCUCGAAGAAAGGUUUUUUUUAUGCGUGAAUCGAUCAAUGAUGUUUUCUGCGAUGCCGUAGCUGUAGUACGUACGUUAUAUUUCCGCCAUAAUGUAAUGUCCUGAUCUACUUCUACUAAUUUAUUGGAGAUCGUAUACUACUUAUAAGUAAUGUAACCGUACCUGCUUUUUAUAUUAUUAUGUUUAUAUCAUUUUUGCUCGAAAAAUGAGUUGUAUGUAAGCGCUAUGUACACUUUGAAUUUAUACCAUGACAAGGUGUUCAAAUUAAUUUCAGAGUUAAUACUAAGUUUCUAUUGUUACUUUUUGUUGAGUAAUAAAAUGUUUAAUUCCAAAA